GUUUCUCCAUAGUCGCGUACUUGGAUUUGGUGACUGAACUUCAGAGGCGACGGAGUAAGUCCCUACAGGGCUCUCCACUCUUUACUUCUUUCCAGCUAGAACUCCCUCAAGAUGGGUGACUGGAGUGCGUUGGGAAGGCUUCUUGACAAGGUGCAGGCCUACUCCACGGCCGGAGGGAAGGUCUGGCUCUCUGUGCUCUUCAUCUUCCGGAUCCUUGUUCUGGGAACAGCAGUGGAAUCGGCCUGGGGUGACGAGCAGUCAGCUUUCAAGUGCAAUACCCAGCAGCCUGGUUGCGAGAAUGUCUGCUAUGACAAAUCGUUCCCCAUCUCGCACGUGCGCUUCUGGGUGCUUCAGAUCAUCUUCGUGUCCACGCCGACGCUCCUGUACCUGGCGCAUGUCUUCUACCUGAUGCGAAAGGAGGAGAAACUCAACCGUAAAGAAGAGGAGCUGAAGGCCGUGCAGAACGACGGCGGCGACGUUGAGCUCCAUCUCAAGAAAAUCGAGCUCAAGAAGUUUAAGCAUGGCCUAGAGGAGCACGGCAAGGUGAAGAUGAAGGGUAGCCUGCUGCGCACCUACAUCUUCAGCAUCAUUUUCAAGUCCAUCUGUGAGGUGGUCUUCCUGGUCAUCCAAUGGUACCUCUACGGCUUCAGCCUCUCUGCCGUGUACACAUGCGAACGCACGCCUUGCCCUCAUAGGGUGGACUGUUUCCUUUCUCGGCCCACCGAGAAGACCAUCUUCAUCAUCUUCAUGCUAGUGGUUUCGCUCUUCUCGCUUUUGCUCAACAUCAUCGAGCUCUUCUACGUGCUCUUCAAACGAAUCAAGGACCGCGUCAAAAGCCGACAAAACACACAGUUUCCCACUGGCACUUUGAGCCCCACGCCGAAGGAACUGUCUACGACCAAAUACGCGUACUACAAUGGUUGCUCCUCACCAACUGCACCGCUCUCACCAAUGUCACCUCCAGGCUACAAACUGGCCACCGGCGAAAGGACCAACUCUUGCCGCAAUUACAACAAGCAGGCUAAUGAGCAGAAUUGGGCCAACUACAGCACAGAACAGAAUCGCUUGGGCCAGAAUGGCAGCACCAUCUCCAAUUCACAUGCACAAGCCUUCGACUACCCUGAUGAUACACAUGAGCACAAGAAACUGACGCCAGGGCAUGAGUUGCAGCCAUUGGCGUUGAUAGAUGCACGGCCGUGCAGCCGUGCCAGCAGCCGCAUGAGCAGUCGAGCGAGGCCUGAUGACCUGGACGUCUAGCCAUGCCACAUCCCAACGCUAGAGGACUGACACAGGCAAUGAGACAUGCUCAUCUCCUGUAACGAGGAGGCGAGGCUGAAUCCUCGCAAGUUCCUCACUCUAGACUCUAGUCGAUACAGAGACAUAAAAUUACUCACACUGCUGGAGGUACUAUUCAUUAACAAUGAUGUUGAAACUAGCAGAGCUAACAUGCCCUAACUACCGAACAGUCAAGGGGGCUCGUCCGGGACGAACGGCACUGAACUUGCCACGUCUCUCAACUCAGCCCACCAGAACAGACCUUGGCGAUGUGAUUGAUUUUUGUUGUGCUUGUUGAAAUGCCACACAAUGAUUCCACUUUAACACUUUGCACUCCUACAGUUUGUGUAGAUUUGUGUUCUAACCCCCCCUACAGUCGAUCCCGGUUAUAACGUCAAUCGUUCGCAUGAUCUCAAAUCCAACAGGGUGUUCACAGUCAUGAAUUAAUAUUUAUUUAUUCAUAAAGAUUAACAUGAUAUCCACCACUAGAUAAAGAUUGACUACUACUCAAGGUCAUGUCUACACAAUUAAUACCAUCCAAGUGCAUAUUUAUUGACAAUAAUCCAAAUUCCAGCAAUACGUUCAUCAGCAAAUGUGUUUUUUUUUUUUUUUGUUAUUAAUCACAGUGGACUGUCAUUUUCCUGAUAAACUUUGAAUUUAUGUGGUGUUGGUUUUUGUUAUUCGAUGAUAUUUGUUGUAUUUUGGGUGGUGGUAUGAAACGGAAAUGUCUUAUAUGUGGACUGAGCUGCUGUAACUUACACGGCUUGAUUCUUUCUUUUUUCUGCAUCUUGAUUUUUACUGAAUAGUAUGAGAGAGAAAGGCUUUAUUUUUGUUCUCUUUUUUAUUUCUUAUUUUCCUUUAUUUUUGGAGGGCAGACAGAAUGAUUUAGUUUUUUUUUUUAUUAGAAUGAAUAGAAAUUAACGUCUUACCUUUGGAGUGAAUGACCUUUUUAACUCAAUGUAAUCGUUGCUGCUUGAGAGAUAGAGACUUAGUACUGUAAAUCAAGCUAAUGUCACAAAUGUGAGGUUUUUUUAGAAGACUGCUUUUUUAGAGCUGGACUAAUAUUUAGUCAGUUAUAUUAAGAGAUAUAUGCCAGCGUAGCUCCACAACUACCAAACACUAGUAGAUGAAAUUUCAUUAUGGACAUUCCUUGUUUUGAUUCUUCAAAUUGUGCAUCAUAGUAUAUUGGUACUCAUUUGCAGAGGCUCAUGGAUUUUUCAGCUACAAUGGUGUUUGCACUGAGAUUUUGGCUAGGGUGUUAUUUGAUGCAAAAAAAUGACGAAAAGUUCUCUGUUAUGCACGUAACUAAUUUAUUUUACAUCACACUACGAGGCGUAAAAAUCACUACACUUUAACAGUGCUCUCACAUAAUCCUUGGGUUUGAGAUGUUGAGUGGCUAAGGCAAGAUUGUGCAUCUGGUGAAUAGUGCAAAUUUGGGUUUAAACUGAUGUAAUGGGAAUCCGCUGUCGUACCGUGUGCAUGACAGUGGAAAAACCGAGCAAUCACAAACAAAAACGGACAUUAAUCAAAUCUGUGAAAAAGCAAUUUAACCAAUAAAGAUUUUUUCUUUGUCA